CUGAAAUUAAAAAGUCAUUUUUCGUAGGAGCAAAACCUCCGUUACGAGUGUAAUGUAUUAGUAAUGGCGUCGUGAACUUACAUCGUAAAAUAUAUACAUUAUUUUUUUUCGUAAAAAUGGCUGCAGAUUUAAAAUUUAAUUUUAAUGAUUAUAGUUUAAAUGGAGGUGGAGAGACAAGAGUUCCACAAGAUAAGAUUUGUAUUUCUUGCCUUAAAAAAGAAGUGCCUUUUAUAAAUUUGUCAAAUUGUGUACAUGCUAAAGUUUUUGAUUUUAUACUGGAUUGUAAGGCAGAAUUACUUGACCAUUUAAUAUGUUACACAUGCCAUAGUGUAUUAAAAAAAAUACAAGACUUUAAAAAUCAAGUUAACCAUAACAUGAAUAAAUUGUAUCAUGAGUCAAAUUACUUGAAAACAGUGAAUUUAUACACUCAGAAUCUUCAAUUUUCAAAUAUAGAAAUAAAUUCGACUAUUGAAUCUCAACCGAUAGAAUUCCAAAUAUUGGAACCGACAACCACAGAAACAUUUAUACAUAUAGAAACGGAAGUCAAAAUAGAACGCAAGUCUGAUAACGAACUGGACAUACCUUUGAUAGAAUUGCAGAAAGAAAAAAAAAGAACCACAAUCUCUAAGGCAAAGACGCCAUUACAGAAAAAAUACGAAGGAAAGAUACGAAUAAUAAUGCUGAGUGAAGAUGAAAUGUUGGAUGAAAGAAAGGAUGAAGCUUUGAAGAAGAGUUAUUUAAAAUUACCCUUUAAAUGUGAAUUUUGUAUCACCGGCUUCGAUCAUGAAUUGACGUUGAAGAAUCAUAUGGAGAAACGACACUGUAAAAAAAGCGAUGGUAUUGAAUGCAAGAUUUGUUUUUCAAUUCUCGGCACGAAGACCUCGUAUGACGAACAUUAUAAAAGGCAUUUUAGAAGAUACGAGUGCGUCGAAUGCGGGCGACGCAAUAACAACGUGUAUACAGUUUUGAAACAUUACAACGAGAGUCAUGGAAGGAUAAAGACGAAGUUCUCGUGUAAAUUAUGUGAUUUUUCCACAGAGUCACACAGGGUCUACCGCUACCACCGCGACAAGCAUCGCACGAAAAAGGUCGAAUGUGAACUUUGUGGUAACUCGUUUGUCAACAAUGCGGGCUUGAAGAUACAUAUGUUCACGGUGCACCGUCAGUCGAGUCGCGUGUACUCGUGCGACAAGUGCGGCAAGGUGUACCGCGCCAAGUCCGGGCUGGCGGCGCACGCGGCGAAGCACUCGCCCGCCGCGCCCGCGUACUGCGCCGACUGCGGGACGCACUUCCAGACGCACCUCGGCCUCAAGUACCACCUCAAGCACCACUCGCGGCACAGCGACAAGAGGUUCGCGUGUAACGAAUGCGACGCCAAGUUCAUUGUGAAGCGAUCGCUCCAAGACCACAUAGACUGGAUGCACUUGAACAAUACUGAGCACGCGUGCAACAAAUGUACAAAGGUAUUUAUAAACAGCGCUAGUUUGAAGAAGCACAGAGAGUUUGUUCAUGAGAAGAAAAGACCGCCGAGGAAUAAGAUCUGCGAUCACUGCGGGAGGGGGUUCACGUCGCUGUCGAUCCUGCGGUCGCACAUCCGCACGCACACGGGCGAGCGCCCCCUGCAGUGCGCGCAGUGCCCCGCCACGUUCGCGCACUCCGCCGCGCUCUACACGCACAACAAGCUGUUACACGCUAAGACAUAAACAUUCACCGCUCAAUAACGACUUUCAUUUAUAAUGACGUGGUUGGUAAAUACUUGCCUUUCAUCCGAAGGUUGUGGGUUCGAUUCUCACCCAGGACAGACUUUUUUGUGCAUGAACACGUCUGUUUGUCCUGAGUCUGAGUGUAAUUAUCUAUAUAAGUAUGUAUU